AUGUUGCCAGACAUUGCAGAUGCAUGGCUUCUUGCAGCAUCCGCCCUUGUCGCAUGCAGUGCCAGCCUGCUGCUGGUGUCGCGCUUCACGACAUGCACCGCCGGCUUCGCGCAAUUGAGGCGUGCCAAGCCGCAGGAUAACUGGUACGAGGACGAGGAUGGCAAGAGUACACCAGAGUCUAUUGCCAGAUUCUCAAACAAGACUCCCAAGCUGCUGUGUUUCUGCCUGGCCGCCAUUGCCUUUGCAGCAUCCUUGGCCAUUUCCAUGCUCGCUACCCUACACUCCGGGUCCCGUGAUGCCAUCACCUCGGCUUGGCUCCUUACCCUUGGCUGGGCAAUCAUCCUGUUCCUGUCCGUCUCCAUCCGACUGGACAAUCAUCCUGUACGAUGCUACGAGGCCGGCCGUUUUCUCGCUGCUACCACAGCAACCAUGGCACCAGGCAUCAUCUUCCAAGGCUUUUUCUUCGCCCACCAGCCGCUCAUGCCCUCCCGCCGCAUCGUCCUCAGCCUCGUCGCGGGAAACGCGCUUCUCUGUCCCUGCAUCGUCCUCGGCGCGCUCCUCUUCCCGCGCCGCCCCGAGGUCUACCACGGCGGCCGGCCGGUCUCCGCGGAGCAGUCCGUGUGCGCGCUGCAAAGGGCCCUGUUCCUCUGGGUGCAGCCGUUGAUAAGCAAGGCGUCCAGAGACGGCGACCUCGAGCACGACGACGUCCCGUCUAUGGAAAGCUUUGCGAGGGCGGCGACGCUGACGGCUCAGUGGACUCGCGCGAACCACCGCGGGGACCUCUUCCGGUCCCUGGUGAGCACGUAUUGGAGACAGCUGGUAGUUCUCUGGGUCAGCGUCAUGGUACGUUCCAUCGUCGGUGUCGGGCCGUUUUGGGCCAUGUCGCAGCUCAUCCAGAGACUCGAGGUGCUUGGGUCGGAGGAGGGGGAUGCAGGCCCGAGUCUGUGGAUCUUCCCUCUUCUGAUCGGUCUCUUUACAUUCUCCGAGCAGAUGAUUGCUACUCGAAUCAUGUGGCACUCCAUCAAGAGGAUAUUCGCACCAGUCCGGGGACAACUAUCCGCAUUAAUCUUUGCCAAAGCCAUGCGACGAAAAGACAUCAAAGCAGCUGCCGACGUCGGCGAUGACGACGCAGAGAAGCAGCACGGCGAAGAAUCCAAGGAAAAGGCGGCCGAGGACCUCGCCAAGUCUCGCCAGGCCAUCAUGAACCUCAUCGGCGUCGACGUCAAGCACGUCUCCGACUUUGCCAUGCUCCAGAUCCUCAUCGUCAGCAGCGUCGGCAAGCUCCUCAUCUUCUCCAUCUACCUGGUCCAAGUCAUCGGCGCCGUGCCCUUCCUCGCCGGCGCCUGCGCCUGGGCCUCGCUCCUCCCGCUCAACGCCGUCGCCUCCCGCCGCUACAUCGCCGCCGAGACGCGCCUCAUGCGCGACCGCGACCGCAAGCUCGCCGUCGUCGGCGAGGCUGUCAACGGGCUCCGCCGGAUCAAGUUCUCCGCGCUCGAGGCCCAGUGGGAGGGCCGGGUGCUGGCCCGCCGCGCGGAGGAGCUGCGCACGCUCUGGCGAGUGUUUAUGGCCAGCACCAUGGUGUUUGGCUGCUGGGUGACGAGCCCGAUCCUGCUCUCGGCGGCGUCGCUGGCGACGUAUGCGCUGAUGAAUGGGCGUUUGUCGCCGUCGGUCGCGUUUGUGAGUAUCGCCAUGUUCAAGAGCUUGGAGGCAGCGCUGGCAGGCCUGCCGGAGCUGCUGACGGUCGGCUUCGACACGCUCGUCUCCGUCCGGCGCCUCGACGCGUUCCUGCAGGAGCCGGAGCUGCUCCCGACAAUUACGCAUGGCUCUGGCGUCGCCUUUCAAGAUGCCACCAUCGCGUGGCCGUGCGACCGCGACGACGACGACGACGACGAUGACGACGGCGAAACCUUUACGCUGAGCGGACUGAGCGCCGAGUUCCCCGAGGGCCAGCUCUCCGUCAUCACCGGCAAGUCCGGCACAGGCAAGACGUUGCUUCUACAGGCUCUCAUCGGCGAGGCCGAACUUCUCGGCGGUCGCAUCGUCAUGCCGACCGCGCCCCCCAAGCCCCUUCCGCCCUGGAACUGCAGCUCCUCCGAAGACGUCUGGGUAGUGCCCGGCACGGUCGCCUACGUCGCGCAGACGGUCUGGCUCGAGAACGCCUCCAUGCGGGACAACAUCCUCUUCGGCCUGCCGUACCUGCCCCGGCGGUACGACACGGUGCUGCACGCGUGCGCGCUGGAGCGGGACGUGGCGGCGCUGGACGACGGGGACGAGACGGAGCUCGGCGCCAACGGGGUGAACCUGAGCGGCGGGCAGAAGUGGCGCGUGUCGCUGGCGCGGCUGCUGUACUCGCGUGCGGCGGUGCUGGUGAUGGAUGACAUCUUCAGCGCGGUGGACGCGCGCGUCGGCAGGCACAUCAUGCAGUACGCGGUGGCGGGGGAGAUUGGGAGGGGGCGCACGAGGAUCUUGGUGACGCACCAUGUCGGCCUGGUCGCGGACGAGGCGGCCUUUUUCCUGGAGCUCGGCGGCGGCACGGUGCUGCACGCCGGACCGAGCUUGCGGGGCGGCAUGGGCGGCGGUGCGGCAAGCGGCGGCACGGUGACGCCGAGGUCGGUCUCGAGCACAGCAAGCACCGCGGUGGCGACGACGAAGCACAUCGAAUCCGGUCUGAUCGAAAGAGAGGGUCGAGAGCCGGCGGAGAGCGCGGAGAAGACGGCCAGGAAGUAUGUCGAGGAUGAGGCCCGCGAGAAAGGCAUGGUCAAGAGUCACGUCUACCGGAAGCUCAUCAGCAGCGGCGGUGGCCUGCGUCUCUGGCUUCCGCUGAUCGUCUUUCUGGCUCUAUUCGAGUCGUCAAACUUUGGCCGAAAUUGGUGGGUACGAAUCUGGACGGCGGCUGGUCAAGACAAUGCGCCGGCUUACAGCAACACAACGACGAGCCUGGAUGGAUUCCACGCAUCCUCGAUGCAUCCUACGAUGGCUGCUCAUCCUCCUCUCGCCUCACCCGCACCCACGACCCCAGAGUCACAUUCCCUGGCCUACUACCUGGGUCUCUACCUCCUCCUCUGCGCCAUCGGCGCCCUCGUCGGCACCGCCCGCUUCUUCUGGUCCUUCGUCAUCAGCAUCCGCUUCAGCCGCCGUCUCUUUGAGGACGUCCUCGCCUCUAUCCUGCGCGCCCCCUUACGCUGGAUGGACACUGUCCCCGUCGGCCGCGUCCUCAACCGCCUCACCGCCGACUUUGACGUCCUCGACAGCCGUCUGAUGGAGGAGGCCACCCUCGUUCUCGUGCACGCCUUUGAGCUCGUCACCAUUUGCCUCGCCGCCGUCGCGCUCUCGUGGCUCGUCAUGCUCCCGCUCGCCGCCGUGCUCGUGCUCGCCAGCGUGCUCGUCGCCGCGCGCUACCUCGCCGCCGCGCGGCCCGUCAAGCGCCUCGAGAGCACCGCCAAGUCCCCCGUGCUGGAGACGUUCAACGCGGCGCUGGCGGGCGUGGCGACGCUGCGCGCGUACGGGCGGACGGGAGACUACGCGGCGAGAGCGCACGCGCAGCUGGACGACUGGGGCACGGCGACGCUGCACGGCUGGUCGCUGAACCAGUGGAUGACGCUCCGGAUGGGCGUGGUCGGGACCGUCUUUGCGACGGCGGUCGGGCUGCUGGUGGUGGCGGACCCGGGGCGCUUCGGCGCGGACAUGGCCGGGUUCGCGCUGAGCUUUGCACUGAGCUUCGCGACGGCCAUGAGCUUCGCGAUGCGCAACUAUGCGACCGCGGAGCUGGACAUGAAUGCGAUGGAGCGCAUCGCGGAGUACGCGGAGCUGCCCACGGAGGACCUCUCAGGCGACGAGGCCCCGAGGGACUGGCCGCGCACCGGCACAGUGAGGGUCGAGCACCUCCAUGCCGCGUACGCCAAGGACCUGCCCCCGGUUCUGCGGGACGUCUCGUUCAAGAUUGGCGAUGGGCAGCGGGUUGGGAUUGUAGGGCGCACGGGAGCUGGCAAGUCGUCCCUCACGCUGGCACUGUUCCGGCUGAUAGAAACCAGCGGGAGGGUCGUCAUCGAUGGCAUCGAUACCUCGACACUCAACGCCCAGAGUCUGCGAUCCCGCUUGUCGAUUAUUCCUCAAGACCCUGUCUUGUUCUCUGGUACCAUCCGGAGCAACCUGGACCCCUCUCACCAGCACACCGACGAGGAGCUUCACAGCUGUCUCGCCCGGGUGCACCUCAUCGACCAGGAAAGCAGCGACCGCGGCCCUGAAAGCCUCUCCGGGAGCGACGCCGACGACGAGGCAUCCUCCCCGUCCUCCGCCGCCUCCUCUUCCACCCUCGCCGCGUCCGCCCCGACGCCGCCGCCCAACGCCAACAUCUUCCGGCGGCUCUCCAGCCGCGUCUCCGAGGGCGGCGGCAACCUCUCCCACAGCCAGCGGCAGCUCGUCUGCCUCGCGCGCGCCAUCCUCGCGCGCCCGCGGCUGCUGGUCCUCGACGAGGCCACCUCGGCCGUCGACAUGGCCACCGACCGCCUCAUCCAGCGCAGCAUCCGCGACGGCUUCCGCGACGCGACGCUGCUCGUCGUCGCCCACCGCCUGCAGACGGUGGCCGACUUUGACAAGAUACUGGUGCUGGACCGGGGUGCCGUCGUGGAGGAGGGGUCGCCCAGGGAGCUCUGGGAGAAGGAAGACGGUGCGUUUCGGGAGCUGUGUGAGCAGAGUGGUGAGGCCAUGCAGCUCAGGGACAUGAUAUACGCCAAGAAUGCUUGA